UUUUUUUUUUUUUUCACACUUUUGUAAACAACAUGGCGAUUAACGGAGUGGGCCAGCUUGCCCGCUGAUCAAACACGGUGCUGUUAUCAAAACCGUCGUCCUCUGCGAAGCCAGCGUGGUGUGGUAAACCGGGGCUGAAAUCCAGACCCAGCUAGCUGACAGGUCCUCAACGAAACCAGCAGGAGUUGGACCGACGAGCUGUCAAGAGGACUAUCCAUCGGAAGCUAACGUUAUCGUUAGCAACUUUGGCUAAGUCUUCCCAGCCUGCAUCUUUUUAUCCAGAUCUUACACACAGGAUACAUGUAAAGUCCCUCUUAGUCUAUGGGCUCCCAGUCCAGUUCUGGGAUGUCUUGUGGAAGGGGCUCUUCCAGUGGCAACCCAGCAGAUCCGUCUGAAGCAGCAGAACCGAACCAGAGCAGCAGUAGCAAUACCAGCGGGAGCAGCAGCCGAGGCCGCCGGACGGCUGACAGGCAGCAGGGAGACAGGCAGUCCGCUUUCGAGGAGGACGUUGACCUAGCUGAAGUGCUGGCUUAUCUACUGAGAAGGGGCCAGGUCAGAGUGGUCCAUGGCCAUGAAGCUACUGGGCUGCAGCUGGUCCAGUCGUACUCUGACUCUGAUGAGGACAGCGACGGAGCCUGGGACGGGCGGCUGGGCGACCGCUACAACCCACCAGUGGACACCCAGCCCAACACGCAGGAAGUGGACCGCAGUGAGAUCCGAACACAGAUCCUCCUGGCUACUGCCUCGUCCUCCUUGAAAGGCCGACACAGUUUCACCCACAUGCUGACAGAGAGAGAACAAGGCAGAUGUAGAGGCUCCAGUUUUUCUCACGGAGAAUGCAGUCGUAUCCGCACACAUUUCCUGCCAAACUACGUGUCCCACAAGGAUACAUACCUGCAGAAAGCCUUUUGUGGAGUUUACAGCGAGGAGGGCAGCAUGUUCCUCUCUGCCUGCCAAGACCAGAAUAUCCGCCUGUACGACACCACCAGGGGGCGUUUCCACCUGCAGCGGACAGUGAAGGCCCGUGACGUGGGCUGGAGCGUGCUGGAUGUCUGCUUCACGCCCGAUGCUCGCCAUGUGCUGUACUCCAGCUGGUCUGACUACAUUCAUUUGUGCAGUAUAGAUGGAGACGGUGAAAACCACACCGCCCUGGACCUCAAUCCAGAUGAGAGGAGGUUCUGCGUGUUCUCGCUGGCUGCGUCAACAGAUGGCAAAGAGAUUCUGGGCGGAGCAAACGACGGCUGUCUUUAUGUGUUUGAUCUUGAACAGAAUAAACGAACACUGAAGAUCGAUGCCCACGAGGACGACGUGAACACGGUGGCGUUCGCCGACAGCUCGUCCCAGCUUCUGUUUUCUGGCAGCGACGACGCUCUGUGCAAGGUGUGGGACAGACGGACGCUGCGAGAGGACAGGCCGCUGCCCGUCGGACAGCUGGCCGGCCACAGAGACGGCAUCACCUUCAUCCACAGCAAGGGCGACGCUCGCUAUCUCAUCAGCAACUCGAAGGACCAGUCCAUCAAGCUAUGGGACAUCCGAAAAUUCUCACCCAAAGAGGGUUUGGCUGCCUCUCGCCUGGCUGUCACCCAACAAAACUGGGACUACCGCUGGCAGCAGGUUCCCCAGAGAGCUCUGAAGAAACACAAACUGACCGGCGACACCUCAGUGAUGACCUACCGCGGCCACGGCGUUCUGCACACGCUCAUCCGCUGCCGGUUCUCUCCGGAGUUCAGCACCGGGCAGAGGUUCAUCUACUCCGGCUGCUCCACCGGGAAAAUCGUCAUCUACGACGUCCUGACCGGCUUGGUGGUGUCCAGACUGUCGGGUCACGACGCGUGCGUGAGGGACGUCAGCUGGCACCCAUAUGAUGACAAAAUCAUCAGCAGCUCUUGGGACGGAGCGGUGCGGAUGUGGGAGCACAGGCAAACCCAUCCACUGGAGGAAGAACGGGAGAGGGACAGAGAGGGAAAGAGACACACGGAGGAAGAAGAGAAAUGAAGGAAGAGAUGGUGGAGGCCAAGGCUGCCCCUGAAAUGGGGGCAGCAGGGAGUUUGGGAGCUCAGAUGGACUGUGACAGACUUCUAUACCCUUUUAAUUCAAUGCUGGAUAUUAAUGAUCAGAUGCAUAGCAUGGCUCUGAAGUAUUGUUUUGGAACGGCUACAGGGCCCCACCUUGUUGAGAGCAGAUAUGAACGCAGAGGGACGCCCCCUGUUUGUCUUUGGAUCUUUGUCCCCUUGGUCUUGUGCAGAAUAAACAGGCCGACGCUUUUCGUCUUGGCCCGAACUCAAAAUGUGCCGCAAAAUGCUGCAGCCAGAGAGAUAUUAAGAUGUAACGAUAAGUUAGCUUCAAUAAGUUAGACAUGUUUAAUAUUGCAGGGAGAAAACGGGGGUCAUGGUGAUUCUGUAUACAUGUAUAGUACUUUAAUGAAAUGUGCUUGGAGGGAGCUUAGAUAGAUGCCUGCAUCAGUUUUCAUUUUGCCGUCAUGGUUAGCACAAGCCAUGCCCUAAUGUUUAUUCUCUAGAUGCCCAAAGCCCCAGCUCGUACACCAGUCUGCAACAUGAUCAACUAGUCCAAGAUGGCUUCUUAGGCAUCAUCCACAGCUGGACACCGGAUCAGUAAUGCUUUUUCAGAGUGAUUUUUGUUCGGCAGUAUAAACUUGUGGUAUUUCUCAGAGAUCUGAAUCUGUGUGAUCUUGUAUUAAAACCUGGACAGGGGAUGUGCUCAUGGUAAAUAUCUUGCACUCUGAUCUGUAUAUGCAAUUUUGAGGUGUUUAUACAGUCAUUCAAGUCUCACUUUCAGUUGUUUUACAGUGACAAUAAAAAGAGAAUUUUCUUUAAUUGUAGCACUAAAACUGUCUCGUUAACUAUGUUUCUCUGUGGUUCUGAGCUUUAAAAGCUGAAGGUGAUGUCCAGCUUCAUUUGUUUUCUCCACAGAAAUAAAUGGACAAAAACAUAAAAAAGUGAAUACAGGUGCAUCCCAGUAAAUAAGAAUAUGAAUUAAAAGUUCAUAGAAGUUAAACAAAGUAUUUACCCCCCCCCCACCUUGUUUUUCUUUUUUUUUUGGCAUCCUGAAAUGCUUUAAUGUUGUACAAAGUUAACCUGAGUAAAUACAGAAGCUGUUUUUUUUUUUUUUUUAUGAUUUCAUUUAUUGCAGGAAAAAAGAUUACUCAAAAGAAUCUGAUGUUAUGUGAAAAAUUCACUUUUUGCUGAUCUGGAACUUUGUUUGAAUUAAAUAACUGAAAUAAAACAACCUGCCAUGA